GGCUCUCCGAUCUCUAUGGUCUUGGCGACUAGCUAGAGGGCGUGUGGUCCACUGGAGGACUACCUAACAUUCUUCCUCCAUUACCUCACUGCCUCCGGUGGCUGCUGGGAUACCGGAAGACUCGGGUCCCGGCUCGGCUCAGUCCUCCAGCUGCCCGGGGAAUACCUCUAGCAGUUCUUCCCUGCCGCCACCGCCGCCCCGCCGCUUCCUCCUCCGCCCGCCCCCCGCCGGCCUUCUUCGCCCCGCCCCGUCCGCGCCGCGCGUCCGGCCCGUCUGCGGCCCGCUUCUCUCGCGAGCCCCCACCCAGGCGCAUGGCUCCAUGAAGCAGGAGGAGGAGGCAGAGCGCGAGAGGUCCCGUCUGCCCCAGCUGCGCCUGGGCCAGGAGAAAAGGUACAGGAAGAAGGAAUGGAAUCGGAAGGAAGAAAAUUCAUUUCAGAGACAAAAUAGCUCCCCUCCUCUGUUAUAGCUGUUCCCCUGGCAAUACAAACUUUCAGCUUUAAUCUAAACAAGACAGUGACCUCCGCGCUCAGAAACAAUCUAGUCAUUGGAAGUUUUACUGCAUCAAGUGCAUAAAGCUUUCUCAAAAAGAAGCCCCUGUUUCAAGCCAGACGUUGAAGCUUGCAAGCUGUUAUCCUCUGCUCGAGACAACUUUCAUCUUCUGAAGAAUUGCCCUAGAUUUAGAAAUGUGUAUUUUGUUAGGGAUCAGCAUAUAUCAAGAACAUAAGCAAUAUUUGAAAUUUUUGUAUCAACCUGAAGUGACAGGUUGUUUUUGUAGAAACAGUGCCAUUGCAAAUGGGUACAUAAAUAUCUAAUUUGAUUUAAAAGGUUGUAGAAUUUACGGACAAAAUACCAUAUUGUAGAGCAAGUGCCUAAAAAGGCAAUUAUGUGCUACAUGUUCAAAACACAGGGAAAAUUUUAGAAAUUAUAUAUUCAUCUGAGUGGGGGGCUAAAACUAACAUGUAAUGACUUGAGAAAAACCGAAGUAUAUUUUUCUCAAGUCAGCAGGAUUUUACAAACUUUGAUAUUGACAUUGAAAUAACUAGAAUCUGUUUUCCUGAUCCUGUUGAUGACUGACACAGACAACAGAAAGGAUCUUGGUCUUGUUACAGCUGUAUUGUCUUUACCUUAGGCUUUUUAAAGAAAAAGAAUUUAGUGAAAAAAGAUUCCUUCCUCCAGUUCACAUCAUCAGAUGGGACCCUUUGGUUUCCUGGCACAUGUGACACCACAUUUUGUUAGGCUGAUGGCUUUGCCUCUGUCUGCCUUCCUAUGACAGGGCAGAAAUGGCUACCUCACAAAAGGACUGUGAAGCUUGGGUCAUUUGUGUGAAUAAAGGUUUCUACCAGGUUGUAGCUUUUUUUGAAUGGGGUCUUGAAGGUAUAGAAGUGUAGAAACUGGAGUGAGGUCAGAGGAGAACCAAAGAAGAUGAGUCAGGCUGUAAACAUGAGCUGUGAAGAUGGAAAGGUGGGAGGGGAGCCUUGUGUUUGAAAGCAGCUGCUGCCUUUCAUCAUCCCAGAGAUCUGGGGCUAAAAUUACACAGAUAGGUUGAGGUUAGUGACGAGGAGAAUGUGGAAAGGAUGUGGUUAACAAGGAAAAGCAGGAACGUUCCUGUGGGGUUCUUUAAAAAUAGGAUGGUUCAAUUUGGAGCCUCUAAAAAGGUAGAGGAAGCAUCCUGAUGAAGAGUCUUGACAGGUCAAGCGCAGUUUUCCAGUCACUCCUGAAAUGUCCCCAUUCAGCUUCACGCUGGCUGCUACUCCAUCCUUAUGCCCUGAGAGUCCUGGGCAAGAGGGAGCUGCUUGUUGCCUGCCUUCAGCCAUGAUGAUCAUAACCUUAUGGAAAAUUAAAAAUAGUUGCCCUUUAGGAAAAGGUUAGGUGUCCCUGGUCUGGAAUUCAGGGUCUCUUCUAGCCCAUUGGUCUACGACCCUUUGUGACCAGUGUGACCUGGGGUUCUGCAGCAUUCCGGACCUCAGGCACUGAAUCAGGAUGGGAAAAAGACGUUGUGUUCCUCCACUCGAGCCCAAGCUGGCAGCAGGCUGUUGUGGGGUCAAGAAGCCUAAGUUAUCUGGAAGUGGAACGCACAGUCACGGGAACCAGUCCACAACUGUCCCCGGCUCUAGUUCAGGACCUCUUCAAAACCACCAGCAUGUGGACGGCAGCAGUGGUCGGGAGAAUGUGUCGGACUUAACUCUGGGACCUGGAAACUCUCCCAUCACACGAAUGAAUCCCGCAUCGGGAGCGCUGAGCCCUCUCCCCCGGCCCAAUGGAACUGCCAAUACCACCAAGAAUCUGGUGGUGACUGCAGAGAUGUGCUGCUACUGCUUUGACGUCCUUUACUGUCACCUCUAUGGCUUCCCACAGCCACGACUUCCUAGAUUCACCAAUGACCCCUAUCCCCUCUUUGUGACAUGGAAGACAGGGCGGGACAAACGGCUUCGUGGCUGCAUUGGGACCUUCUCAGCCAUGAAUCUUCAUUCAGGACUCAGGGAAUACACGCUAACCAGUGCACUUAAGGACAGCCGAUUCCCCCCCCUGACCCGAGAGGAGCUGCCUAAACUAUUCUGCUCUGUCUCCCUCCUUACUAACUUUGAGGAUGCCAGUGAUUACCUGGACUGGGAGGUAGGGGUCCAUGGGAUUCGAAUUGAAUUCGUCAAUGAGAAAGGCGUCAAACGUACAGCUACAUAUUUACCUGAGGUUGCAAAGGAACAAGAGUGCGUCCCGUUCUUGUGUCACCGUGCGCUGACCUCCGUGUGCCUCUCCUCCUCAGACUGGGAUCAGAUCCAGACGAUAGACUCCUUGCUCAGGAAAGGUGGCUUUAAGGCUCCAAUUACUAGUGAAUUCAGAAAAACCAUCAAACUCACCAGGUACCGAAGUGAGAAGGUGACAAUCAGUUAUGCAGAGUAUAUUGCUUCUCGACAGCACUGUUUCCAGAAUGGCACUCUUCAUGCCCCGCCCCUCUACAAUCAUUACUCCUGACACACGGCUGCAUGACCAGUCCCACCCCCCUGUGGCCACCAAUGGCUAUGACAUCAUUGGAGCAGAUGCCUCCUCUUCCUGGUCCAGUUACUUCUAUUACUGCACCAUUUUAUGAUGCUAGCUUCCGUUGCCAAGUCUGCCUCCAGCUGACUGAGGAGGGGGGGCGGGGUUAUACUGAAUGAAACAGAACUUGAGGGGCCCAAGCCUUAUCUCAGCCUUUCCUCAAUAUGGGGUUCCGUUGGAUUGGGGCUCCUCCAUGACUAGUGAGAAUUCCGUGUGGGUUCAGAAGACCUUGGCACGUGGGUGCUGCAGGUGAUUUGCUGCCUGUGUGUUGGCCACACAGUGGAAGCUGGAAUUGAUUGAUGAAGGCUUACCCCACACACACCCCUGCAGCCUCCCCAGAUCAAGUAGGUGUACUCCCCUGGCAGUCUGGGCAACGGAGACCAACAAGAAACAUUUUUAGGUUGUUUUAAAUUCCUUUUUUUAAACUUCCAGUUUAUUGCGUACCAAGAGUUGAUCACAACCUCCAUGCUUCAUAAGUGGAUGCCACGUUAGGGUGGAAGGUGGGCGCCAUGAGUCCUUUGAGGCUCCUGGACAGAGACCUACAUCAAGAUCGGAAGCCCUUUGGAUGGCGUUGCAGAUCUCAUUGCUCAAUUAGCCACGAAGGUUUUAAUUUUCAUCCCACUGUCAGUUGGAUGUUCUGGCACUCUUCCUGCUCUGAGUCUCCUGGCGUUGAGCAGAGCUCUGUGGUGUAGCCUGCCGAGGAAGGACUGGGAUGCCCGCCGGAGGUCCUGACAGCGUCACUGCCUGCAGUGUCGGAGAGAGACCUCCUCCUUACCCCCCCCCCGCCCCCGGCUACCUCACUCCUCUGCCGGUAGCAGUGCCUCUAGCUGGAUCUAGGUUCUCAGAGGGCAGAGAUGUUCAAGCAAGCACUCGGGUUGGGCUCUAGAAGGACACGUCUAGGAGAGAAUGGAGGGUCUCCAAGCUGUUUUUCUUUUCAGGCAAACAUCCUGAAGGACCUUCAAGCAGAGGGUUUCCUUUUCCUAGUUUGCCUGUAGAAGUGGGAAACGUGUUGCAGUUUUAGUCUUUAGGGACUUUAGAACAAAGCUGUAUGAUUAAACAAGGUGAGUCUUUGUCUUGCCUAACAUGCUGGGAAUCUUCAUCCCACCGUGGCAGUUCCAGAUAGUUCAUGUUAUUCUGGGUCAUUCAUGUUUUCAUGUGGCAUAUUUCCCUUUUCCAUUGUUGCUGAUUCCAAAUAGCUGUCAGCAAGUUUCUCCUCCCUCUUUCUGUUCUUCACUUACAUGGUGGCAAAGGUCAUAGAAAUUGGGGACUUGGAGAUACUUUGAAACAUUGUCACAGAGGCACUGCUGAGAUGAUUCACAGGAAGAGGUGGCCAGUGGGAAGAAAGGACCCUAAGGGUGGUGCACUGGUUUUCAACAACAUGUUUAGAGAACUCUUGAAGUGGGUUGGGUGUCAACCCAGUGAACAUGAUGUUUUGUUUUAAUUUAUUCUUAAUGUUUAUGUGGUAUUGGUGUGGCUUUCCAAUAUGGGCAAAUAGUCAAGUCAAAGGAUCUUUGGAGUUUUCUUUUGCCAGGAGUGGGGGAGAGGAGCAGGGACACAGUCUAAAGAACAACACAGGUGCUGGUCUAGACCUAGCUGUCUUCAUUUCUCGAAGUGGUGGGUUAAGGAUGGACAGGUGUGUUUGGUGCCAGCCUCUGCUGUGGUGAGAAUGCGGGAUGUGCCAGGGAAAUGUGGGCUGACCGCGGACACGCAGGCCCGGCUGCAGUACCACCUGGCUGCUGUGCUGAGCCCUCAGGUCCCUCACAGUAUUAAUGGAAACAGGCUUCUGAAGAUGAAGGGAUUGUUCUGUGAUUUCCUGCUGCUGAGAAUAAUAAAUGUCUUGUUACAAACAAAUGUCAUGACAGUUACUCUUAGGUGCCAUGGAUUGAUGUCAGGGUGGCCAGCUCUGGGCUACACCACCCACCUCCAGUUUGUACAACAGUGUUGAUAUAUAGGGCUACACUCAUUAAUGUUCAAGUCUUCUGUGUUGAAAGUUGUGUUUAAUUUCUAAAGUUUAAAAAAAGCAAAAAAAAUGGUGCUAAACUUUCACCCCUGAGCACGCUCAGUGAGACUGGUCAUGCAAGCAUUUACAGUGCCAUGCUCUUUCAAGCCUAUCUUGUAGAAAUGUUGCCCUAUUUGUCUUCCCCAAUGUAUAGUAUGUUUUUUAUUUUAUUGAGGGUCAGGUAGGAUACCUGCCAUUUAAGAAAAUGAACAGAAAAUUUUAAAACCCAGGAAAUGGGGAAAAAAAAAAAUCAGUGCACAAGAAUCGGGCUUGUUAAGCCCAGCACCACACUGAAGUGGGCUCGGUGGUUUUUGGAGUGAAGAAGCCUUACUCCCUGCACAUUCCCUCAUGCUCCCAUCCAAGUCCAGCAAUGGAGAUGGAGAUGCUCGGGUUCCUCUUGGCUUGGCAAGGGGACUCAGGAGUCGACCAAGGAAAACUCUUGGGCCCCAUGAGGAAUGGCACUUUCGGUGUCUGUCCUGAAUGGAGCCUAGUCAGGAAGUGGUCUGGAAGUGUACGGUCAUGGUCACCUCAUGAAGAUGUAUGGCAGGUGGCUCUCAGGAAAAAUACUAAGUCUGGAUCAUCCAUGUGGCAGCUUUGCAUAGGGAGAUGACAGCUCCGAACUGGAACUUAACUGCCUUCCACGCGCUUGACCAAAGCAGUGAUGAGGGUGGCCAAUACAUGUGGUAUGAGUGGUAGGUUUAAAGAGAAGGGGGUGUUUUCUGCUGGCGUUUCCUUUGUCCUUGGGCUGCUCAAGCUGAACAGUAGGUAACCACUGUUUUCAAGGAACCAGCCUACCUUGGCUGGUUUGGUUCGGAGUCCGUUUCAUCCCUAGCUGUGAGUGCCUUUUGGUCUGGAACGUUGGCUUGUCUCAUGAUACCCACAGCUAGGACAUUCUCUCUGUAAUUUCAAAUUGUCUUUGUUUUACAUUAACUAAAAGAGAAUGUCUGAUCACUAGAGUUUGUUGGUGUUGGUUUCCACUGUGAGGUUCUUAAACUUUUUCGCUUCAUAAUACUAAAGCAACACACGUUAGAUACCCUUUCAACAAGAAAGGUUUGUAGUUGAGACAUUACAUAUAUUUUAUUGUUUAUAAGAAAAAUCAUCUAUACAGGAGUCCUGGGUGUUAAUUUUAAUAUUUGCACAAGAUCUGUUUUCCAUGAUGUGUUAACACCUACAAUUUCACUAACUGUUGAUGUUAUUUUCUAUUGAGAUUCUGGAGCCUAGGGAGCUAUAUGUUCUUUUUGUUUGUUUUCAUUCUUAUUUCCCUGAAGCAAGAGACUUUGUAUGGCCUUCAGUGCAAAGACUUCAGACCAAUUCUUUGUAUUACACUUGGUUGCCUCUUGGCUAUAUAACUUCUGAGUGCAAAUCAUUGAACUCUUUAACAAAAGUAUUGUAGAGAAUAAAUCAUAAUGGGUAAAAAGUG